AAGAACUCAUCCAUCCGCUUAUGGAGUCGGGUCAACCCGCAGAUAUUGAAGUCGGUCGUACAAAUUACUAACCACACGAAUCCCAUAUAUAUUAUUAUUAGGUCUUUACAUACCCAAUGAGGAAAGCUUUCCAAUUUCUCCAUGCUUCAUUUCCUCUUCGUCUCCGAUAUCAUCAUUGAUCAUGGCUUCAGAUUAUGGUAAAAACAUCGUGGCUGAGCUUGAAUCAGCAUCGCAGUUGAGGGCUGCAGGCUUCUUCAUAACACGAAGGCCAUGGCUUGAUUUAUAUGGGGUUAAUGUAAGACCAGUAGCUCCUUUCGGUAGCACGUGUAGUAAACCAGUGGUUGACUCAUCUCUGAUACAUAGAUGCUUGCCAGAUGAAUUACUGUUUGAGAUUUUUGCUAGAAUGACUCCGUACAACUUAGGGAAGGCAGCUUGUGUUUGUCGAAAAUGGAGAAAUACCAUACGUAACCCUGUGUUUUGGCGCAAUGCAUGCUUAAAGGCAUGGCAGCUCUCUGGUGUGGUGGAAAAUUACAAGCUUAUGCAAUGUAAUUAUGAUUCCUCAUGGAGGAAAAUGUGGCUUUCGAGGCCAAGGGUCCGCAUGGACGGUCUCUAUGUCAGUAGGAACACCUAUAUUCGUGCUGGGGUAGCGGAGUGGAAGGUCACGAAUCCAGUUCAUGUGGUCUGCUAUUUCCGUUACCUCAGAUUUUAUCCUUCUGGCAGGUUUCUAUAUAAGAAUUCAUCUGAGAAAUUAAAGGAUGUUGUGAAAUUCAUGAACUUCCGUUCCACUAAAGCUGAGAUGUGUCAUAGUGGCCGCUUCACAAUAUCUGAAGACAAGGUCGAAGGUGCUCUUUUGUAUCCUGGACUGCGUCCUACUAUUUGGAGAAUCCGCUUGAGGUUACGAGGUACAACAGCAGGGGCAAAUAAUCGGAUGGAUCUUCUAUCGAUUGUUACAAGUGGUGUGCAAGAGAGUGAGGUUCCAGGACCCGACGGAGAUAUUCUUGGAGUGGUUGAAGGGUGGCAGGAUGAUGAAACCCACAAUCCAGAUGUACCUGCUAUUUCUCACACAAGAGGUCUAACACCCUUUGUGUUUGUUCCAUUUGAAGAGGCGGAAACAUCAGUUCUAAAUCUGCCGGUGGAACGGAUGGAUUAUUAUGUACCGGGUUGAACGGGUUGCGCAAUGGAGAGAGGAACCGGUAUUUGUAAAUAAAAUUAUAGACCAAUUAUAUUUGUAUGUUAUAUGAGAAUGUUAGCCAUCAGUUGAAAGGUUCCAAUAUAUUUUAGAAUACCAUCUUGGGAGCCGCAGAUACGAAAACAAAUGUAUCUCGAGGUUGUGCCUCACUUCUUGAUACCAUGAUUUGGUCGUGAGACCAUGAUCGAAUUGUGA